AUGCUAAACAACUGUUAUACUCUUCGUCACAGCCCUGUAUUCAGAAAUCCAAAAUCAAAUAUCGCAGUUCAGUAAUUAACUACACUAAUUAAUGAAACUGCAGGCAGAUUGUCUCCACUUUAACCUCAAGUCAAAAAGAUAAUUGGAAUCAAAAAAAAUUCAUCAACAGAUCACCAAUUGCCACUAUGUGAAGUACCCUUUCAAACCAACUUUUUUGCUUAACAUGAAAAUGACCUUUCAUAUUCCAACAGAAGCAAUAUUUAAACAAACAGAUAAUUUAGUAGAAAUUAAAGAACAUAAAGUGUUUAUACAGGUAAUAAAGAAAACUUUGUGAGAAGCCCAACUAGAAGUCCAUUUUCUAAACCAGUUAUUCAAAAGGAUUGUUACACUCCAAUCUAUAAAAGGAGUCCGAUCUAAAGAGUAUAAUCUCCAGGAAUAAUAGCUGGCAUAAGGCAAACUAAUCAGAAAGGGUUUGGAUCCAUUAGUCCCUUGAGAAUACAACAAAAGCCUAAUUUAAGAGAACCUUUGUCAGAAAUGGUGGAUAAUUUGAAACAAAAUAUUUUGAGAGACAUUUAAGAAGUCACAAAAAAAUAUUCAAAUACUAUUAUAUAAGUCAACUAAUUGCCAGAAAGAAUCAAAUAAGAACAUAGAGAAGUCAAGUACGAUGAUAUUAAGGCAUAAGAAUUUAAAAAAUAAAAAUAUCUCGAACAUUAGGCACUAUUAUUAUAACAAUAAUUGGAAUUGAUCAAAUAAUAAUAGUAAAAGCUAGUGGUUCAAAAUAAACAAAGUUUCUGUUCAUAAGAAAAUCUUAUCAAUGCAACAUUAGACUAAAACAAACAUUUUUAAUAAAGAUAACAUGACCUAACUUUCUUGAAAUCUUUAGAAAACUAAAACAGAUCACAAUCAUUUGUUGAUUAAUAAAGCAAUUUUUAAAGUCUUAGAUAAGAUCAAACUCAAAAAAUUAAAUAAAUUUAAGAAAUUAAAAAAUUUACUUAUGACCCUUAAUAUUAGUUAUAAGUUGCUUAAUAGUAAGUAGAAGAAAGGACACCCUUGUAAAAUAUUAGUAAGUAUAAUUAAUAAAUUGAUUAUUUACAGAGAUUGAAUAAUAAGAUAGAAUCAAUUUAGAAAUACCAACAUUAAGUACCUGAGUAAAAGAAUGAUGAAUUUUAUAAGACUAAAAAGUAAUUAGACCAAUAAGUUGCUAAUACUAUAGAUAUGAAUUAAGAAAAACAAAGUUGUAAUUAGUUCUAAUCUCCAACUAAUUAUAAUUAAGAAAAAUAAUAUCCAGUGUUUAAUACAACAAGAAAUGGUUAUUCUCCGAUUGGAAAUAGAGAAUUACUAAUAGCUAACAAAGAAUCAACUAUUAAUAUGUUAAAUAAUAAUAAACAAAUGUUGUCAACUUUAAAUUCUUAAAAUGAAUUGUAAAAGUUGAAGAAUUUGCAAUUAGAAUUGAUGUAGAAUAAACCAUUAUUUGAAUAACCAAAAUAAUCAAAAAUUGAAUUUAAUUUUAACAAAUCCUAAGAAACAGGAGAAGCAAAAAUUGAGAAAAAUUAUUUUAAUUCUUUUGCAUAAACUCAACAAUUUUAAAUUGAAAAGACUAGCAAGUAAGAGAUGAGUUAAGAGAAUAAUUAAGAAAAUUUUAAUUUUAAUAAAACAAAAAUCACUGUUAGCAAUCCAUAAUAAUAAUAAAAAUAAUAAUUUUAGCCAUAAUAAUCAAAAUAUAUUUAACUUUAAAACCAAUAAGAAAAAUUCUCGGCAUAUUAAGAUAUAAGUAAAUAAAUAACAUAGCAAAAAUUACCUGCUUACUUGAAAGGGGCUGAUGAAACAGAUGAUGAUGUUAAUAAUUAAAUAACUAUAAGUAAUUUAUCAUCAAUUAUUCCUGCUGAGAUAUCUGCAAAUUAAAAUAAAAAAAUAAAUGUUUCAUUUGAAAGCAGCAUUGAAUAAUAAUAAUUUGAUUAUUUAAAAGGAUCAGAUUGCAGAAAUACUUUUGGACCAUUAUAAUUAGAAACUAUAUUAAAAUCCCCAAAAAAUAAUCAUUAAGUUAUACCAGAAAGGAAUUCUCCUUGCUAACCUGAAUUUGAUUUAAAUAGUUCAAGACAAUAAAAAUAGAAUCAUAAUAAUUAUUAAGAAAUAACAUAUGAUAAUGAAUAAGAAAAUUAACUUAAUAGUAGUAGAUAAUGUAUAAAUAAUAAUUAAAGCUUAAAGAAAUAAACUAGACUAAAAAACGAUGAAGUAACAAAGGAAGUCAACGUUAUUGAAUAAAUAGAAACUAUGGGAAAGAUAGUGAAAUCUUAAUCUUAGUCUCAAUCUUAAUCUAGGUAGUCAAGAGAUUCUAAGUCACUAGAAAAUUCAUAAAAAAAUAGUAAACUUUAAAAUAGUGGUUCAACUUACAAAACAAAAAGUCCCUAAAAUAAUAGCACUGCUAAAUAAUUGUAAGUAUAUAGUCCUUUGGGAACGAAAAAUUCAAUUUUAGUUUAGCCAUUUUAAAAAGAAAGUCCUAGUAAUAGAACUAUUACAAAAGAAAGUGAAAAAAAUAAAAAUUAAAUUAAAUCUUAGUAAAGCAUUUUAGAAAAUAAAAAUUGCGAUAAAAUAUCAUCUGGUUAAAGUUAAAGAUAUAGUGAUUACAAAGAUGAAGUAAAUAAAGUUGAUAAAGAUAAACAAGAACAAGAUUAUUCAUCAAAUAAUUCAUCAAGGUACGAAUAAAUGUUAUAAAAUUUCUAAAAUAUUAAAAAUCAGUCUAGAAUAGAAUUCUAAUAAGAAAAUCAAACAUUUAAAUAGUCUAUGUAAGUAAAUGAAUGUGAACACAUUAGUGAUUUUGUUAUUUUUAGUGAUAAAUAAAAUGAGAACUAAUUAGAAAUAGUUAAAAAGAAAACUGUAACUUUUAAUGAAUAAUUGAUUCAACAAUCUCCUUUAGAAAAAGAAAAACUCUAAGGUGGAACUAAUUUCUGUGAUUUUAUGAAGAUUAAGGCUUUGGAUAUUCUCUCAUCAGACUCUAUCCCAACAAUUUCUUAAGAUGCAUUCACUUUGACUUAAUUAUAGCCGAAAGGAGGAAUAAGUAAUAUUUAAUUAUAUUUCAAGGCUUUUUAUAAUACAAGCAAUAGUUAGAAAAUUGA